AUGGGAGAACACUUCAAUCUUCACAACCCAGAACAAGAAGAAGAAGAAGAAGAAGCAGAGGAGACUCUCUCCCUUCGCGACCUCCCACUUGACAACAACAACAUCAACAAUCAUGGCAAUCACAGUACUCCGCGGCGAUCAUCCUCCGACUUGUUCGAAUUCUUCAACAACUUCCCCGUCGACAUGUGCCCCGCCGAAGAAAUCAUUCUCUCCGGCAAACUUUUACCUCCGAAAGAUCACUACUCCUCCACCGCCAAACCAAUCACGCAAGACAACAAGAAGAUGACGGACUUUAUUAAUCUCAAACGCUCUAAAUCCCUCUCCGAAAUCCAAACGCCUCGAUCGAGCAGCACCAAAGCAAAGCUCAAGCUCAUGAGAAACAGCGGCUCCCUCGAUCACCGCAAACAAAAAGAAAUGAUGGAAAGAAUCUCGUCCACGAAGAAGCCGGCACCGAAGCCUCCUAGAUGGUACUAUGUGUUCAUGUUUGGCAUGGCCAAGAUUCCGACACACAUGGAGCUGACGGAUAUCAAGAAUCGACAAUCCAGACAAAACCCGUCAGCUCUAUUCCCGCCGGUAAUUGAUAAUAAUAGCAACAAUACUUCUACAGUCAGCCGCCAGAGCUAUGGUAUCGGCAAGGGCUCAUACAGGCUCAUCAAACUACUGAGCUGCAAGGAUCAUGCUAGCGUGGCUGUAGCAACGACGCCGUUUGCUUGGCAGGGAUAA